CGUUUCUAGGUAACGAAGCGGGGUUUAAACAACGCUGCCGCUACCUGCAGGACCCCGUCUUCUCGGCCCCUUAACCCUCGGACCCCGAGAGCCAUGGCCCUGCCGCUGCUGCCUGGCAACAGCUUCAACCGCAAUGUGAAAAAGAAGAAGUUCCACAAAUCUCAACAUUGGGGCUUUUGCAACAAUGUUAGGAUGCUGGUGAGUGAAGAUAAACCUGGAAUAGGUGGAGAACUGCUUCCUGGGCAAAAGAUGAAGCCUAAAUACAGUGACUUUCCUAAAGGAGUGGGAAGCAUCGUGCCAUCCUGGAUAGCUUUUGAUAAGCAGGUAUUAUCUUUUGAUGCCUGUUUAGAAGAUGAAUUGCCUGAUAAAACUCAAGAAAAGUAUAGAAUAAGACGCCAUAAAAUCCUCUUCUACCUCGAAGAUGACACAAUUCAAGUAAAUGAACCAGAGUUGAAAAAUAGCGGACUGCCUCAAGGGACUUCUAUCCGGCGUCAUCGGAUUUCUCUCCCACCUCCUGAUGAAGAUCAGUUUUAUACUGUGUAUCAUUUCAAUAUCAACACAGACGUUGUCUUUUAUGGCCGGAGAUUCAAGAUUUAUGAUGCUGAUACGUUCACAAAAAACUUUUUGAAGAAAAUAGGAGUCAAAUUAAACCCCCCAGGACGGUGUCCAGAAGAUCCUUACAUGAAGAUACAGAGAGAGACGCUAGACCGCAUGGAGCCCUUACGUCCCUAUGAGUCCUGUGACACCCUGAAACAGUUUCUUGACUAUAAUAGGAAGGUUUUACGUUUUUUCUGCCUGUGGGAUGACUCAGCCUCGAUGUUCGGGGACCGUCGAGAACUCAUUCUGCAUUACUUUCUGUGCGACGAUACCAUCGAAAUCAAAGAAGUGAUGCCACCCUGCUCAGGCCGGGAUGCCACAUCGUUGUUCCUCCGGAGGAAAAAGCUACCCAAGUAUGGCCCACCUGGAGUCUAUCAGCCAGGUCAGAUAACAGAUCGAGCAGUUCUUAACGUGUAUCGUGGCUUGACAGGGAGACCAACAGACGGCUACCUGUUGGAUAAAUACAAGCUCGGGAAAGUAGACCAGGAGUUUUACAAAGAUAGUGACCUGUUCAUAGGAACCACCAUCAACGUGUGGGGAAGAAAAGUGCUUCUUUGCGACUGUGAUAACUUUACAAAGACUUAUUACAAGACUAAAUAUGGAAUUGAGAACUUUACCUCGAUUUCGUGCAAGGCUCCUCCUCCUCCAAAGAUAGAAAGGAAAUUUCCACCUUAUAACGGCUUUGGUUCCGAAGAGGACUCUCUCCGCACUUGCAUAGGCCUUGUGCCCACACCUCAUCAGAGGAACUUUAAGAAGUUCAUGGAGAAGAACAGGUAUGGCAACAUAAGCAAUAUACUCCGGUUUUUUGCAAAACUAAUCACACCCAAACGUGUGGAACGGGACAGGAUGUUUGUCAUUUCGUACUUUCUCAGCGAUGACACGAUUUCAGUGUUUGAACCUAUAGAGAGGAAUUCAGGGUUUACUGGUGGGAUGUUCUUGAAAAGAAUUCGUGUUAAGAAGCCUGGACAAGAAGUCUUUAAAAGCGAACUGUCGGAAUACAUCCAGGCCGAGGACCUGUAUAUUGGAGCCAGAGUGAACGUGAAUGGCUACCUGUUUCAUUUGCUCAACGCUGACGAGUAUACCUUACGCUACAUGGAGGAGAAUUCAGAUAAGUUUCCUAUGAGCAGCAUUGAACUUGUCCUACAAAAGCUGAAAGAAGAACAAUCAAAAUCCAGAGAGCUCAAGCAGGUAUUUAGAAAUGCUGACCCCAAGCUUACAAAGAGAGUGGAUUAUAAUACAUUCAGAGACAUCAUAAUGACUCUAACCGUUGGGAAACUCCUAGAACAUGAAUUUAUAACCCUUGCACGUCACUACGGGGUGCCCGAGGACACGUGUCCUGAUAUGAACAUCCUAAUGGCACAGGCCCACGAACAACUCAAGAAAAAUACUUUUGAGAAUUUUGAAAGACUCAUUGCUACUUGUGUCUAUGAAGAUCGAGAAAAGAAAAAAGUAUUACCCACCAAAGACAUCAGAAGGCUGUGCAAAUCCUUCAGGUUACCUCUGACUGAUGACCUCCUGGGAUCCAUACUGUCCAGGUUUCAAGACAGUGAAGAACAAAUAAAUUACGAGUUAUUUUUCUCUGCCCUGAACUGGAGAAUGAAUCCAAUGCCCGAAUUGCAAGCAGUAUCGUUUACUAAAGAGAGAUGUGAAGAUGUCUGGCUCGGGAUGCCAUCACCUAUUCCUGUGAAAUACGUUGACUAUUUUAGACUUUUAAAGGAUGUAUUUAGCCUAGUGGAAGAGUAACCGUAUGCCAAUUUUUGGUCAACUCCCUUUGAUCUCCUGCUCUUGUUUUACUAAGUUUAUUUCACCAGAUAUAAUUUCAUUAAAAAAAAAAAAAAAGCAAGGUUCAUACUGAAUUGAAAUCCAUAGAUCACAAUUGAUUUCCUUUUGUCGUUUUCGCAUUUCAGAACAUCAUAUUGCACGGCUGAUGUGCCAGCAUGAUUAAAAAUGCCAUUUAAGGAAACGCCAAACAUUUUUGCUACAUGUAUGAUUUAUUAAUACCAAAGAAUCUUACGGCAGUUUUCUCUCCAACAUAAUUUGAUUCGCUACGACACAAAAAGAAAAUUAUUUUUGACAGCUAUAGAUGACAAUAUAAAAUCAAAUUAUAUCUGAGCAAUACGUUGUGAUUCUGUUAAACAUUUUUUGAAAUCUUUUUGACACGUGUUUAUUACUUCUAUAAUUAAGCUUUGUAGCAACCCACCUUACCAAAAUAAUCCUUAAACCUCUCUAGAGUGAAUGUAUUGAUUUUCUGAAAUCAGCAAAGCUACGAGAAGGACUCCUGCCCUCGCCCCACAAUACACACACACACACACACACACACACACACACACGCACACACGCACGCACACACGCACACACACAAUGCAUCACAACGCAACACACGUAAAAAUUUGGGAGAGAAAUCAAAACAUAUGCAGUGUUUAUAUUUUAAUGCCCUUUUUAUAUCUAAAGUUAGCUGUUAACUUAGGAAUAAGUAUGACCAAAAAUGUAUUAUGUUUAAAGUAUUUAGGGAUGUGAAUGCGGAGGGUUUUGAGAGAUCUUUUUUGGUUCAUUCUCCACACAACCAUACCACCCACCCCAGAGAUUUAAAUAUUCUGAUAACAUGUUUCCUUCCUGCUUUUCUCUGGUUCUAUUUUGAUUUUUCAUCCAGGCCCAAACGUUAUGAGUCUCAGCCGAACUUCUGUCAUGUAGCAGAUAUUUGAUUAAAACUCAUCACCAUGGGCGCCCGGGUGGCUCGGUCAGUUAGGUGUCCGACUCUUGAUCUCGGGUCAGGUCGGGAUCUCACAAUUCAUGGGUUCGAGCCCCACGUUGGGCUCUGCACUGACAGCAUGAAGCCUGCUUGGGAUUCUCUCUCUCUCUCUCUCUCUCUCUCUCUCUCUGCCCUUCCCCUGCAUGCACUCUCUCAAAUAAAUAAAACAUUUAAAAAAACCUCAUAACCGUGGACCUCUGGGAAUUCCUCAUGAGAAGUUUGCCCCACUUCACUCCAUUCUUCAGUGUUGGGUGUGUAGCAUAAGUGAGUUUGCCUGUGUCCUCAGAGACCAUGGAAGCCUAUGGAAAAGGGGCUUCAACAUCUACCUUUCAGGGACUGUUGCAGCGUCUUGCCUAGAAAUAAGCUGGCUUCUUGGCACGCAGAUAUACCCAUUUGGUCGACAACAAUGGCCCUUUCUUUUCUUUUUUUUAAACUGAAGUUAAUCAACUUCUGCUAUAUAUAAACCUAGGGUCAUUCUACCUGUGCCAUUGUUAGACCCCAUAGGACUUUCCAAUAAACUAGAAUACUCAAUGUCUAUACUAGGACCACUUACCCAUAAAAUCUAAUUUUGACUACUUGAUUUUUAUUCCAGUUUUUUUUUUUUCUUCAAGGCAACUGACAGUCACUUUAAGAUUUUUCAUUCCCCAGAGAGCAAGCUUUUAGAAGGAUGACACUUUCCUGGAACUUUCCAGGCUGACACAUUUGUCACUUACCUGUUCAACUCUUCAGUCAGUUGUCUUUUCCUGCAAGAUUUUAAAUAUGUAGAUAAUUUCGCCCUUGUACAGGCUCGUGAUGCAGUUCACUUGAGAAGUGGGAACAGGAGGGGAAAAGCAGUAAACCGGUGACACGUUGCUGACUUUGUACGAUGACAAGCACUUGUUCCCUUGCAUCCAUGUGUGUCACUUGCCCGGGGUAUUUGCAGUUCAAGCCCACAGUUAGCAAUUAAAUGGCCAUUAUAGGAAUCAUGCCGAUAAACAUGAUACAUUGCAGCCAUACAGACACUUUAAAUAAUUAUUCUUUUUAUAACUAAGCCAUAUACUGAAGGAGAUUUAUAAUUUAGAGAUAAUAUCCCCAUUAGUAAAGUUUAUGACCCAAUAAACAGCUCCCACUAGUUAAUAAAUGCCAAAGCCAUAAAAACAAAGCCUAUUAAUGUAAUAGAAUUUCUGUACCUCCCUCUUUUGCUGGUGGUCUCAAGGCACCGAAGGGAAAUGCUAUCUUAGGGAAAACAUUUAUUCUCGUUAUGUAAAUAUCAAUGAAUUGUCUUACAAUCCAUCUGGAAAUCUCCCGUGGGGGGGGGGGGGGCCCACCUCAGUCCCAGGUGGUCCCCAAAUGCUGAUGCAUUCUGCUUAAGUUUGGGGCUUCAGAUAACUCUGGUUUUCAGCACAAAUGAACCCUGUGACCUGAAUCUUUGGGGGAGGUGAGGAAGACUGGCUGGAAUUUCUGCCCCUUCGCUUUUCUCUGAAAGAGAGCUCUCCCAGCUCUUACCAUUAUUCCGGAGGAAGAAGCUUUCCAAGCCCCACGGUCUUUGUGGAACACUCGAAUUUUUAGCUGCCUCUUCUCUUUCCUCUGACAAAGACAAAUGCUAACUAUUGUCAUUGUUCCAGGGUACCAAUUUUUAAAGAAGUCUCACAAGCUUUGCAUAUACUUCUAUUUUUAGCUGCCAACAUUUACUCAUUUUGGUGGAAAACGCAAGGGCCGCCUGUGGAUGUGUGGGUGUGUUGAAGGUUAAUACAGGCAAACCUUUUGUACUAGGAGCGAACUGUUCCCUCGUAUUCCUGCAACCGUGGGAAUGAGUGAUAGAGUCGUUUGAAAGCCCAGAUCACAUCAUGUCUUUUCAGAAGAAACUGAUUGAAAGCUGUUGAACUUGACAUGAAAGGGUUUGCUGAGUCAUCGUUAUGAAGUAUAGAUGUGGGUACGUCUCCUGAUUGACUUUGGUGCUUACUAAAUUAGAGUUAAAAUUGUAGACCCGUAGAGAGAAGAUAGAGAACACUGUAACUUUCAAGUAUGAGGUUAGUUUCAGCAUGUUGCCUGCUUUACGCUAUGGAUUGCCUCCGAUUUAAUUAAUGACAAACCAACCAUUCUUGCCCUUUGUUUUUUUAUGCGGUGCUAUUUGAAGUUUGUUGUGGGGGGGUUUUAGAGCCUCCAGGCUUUGUGGAGGCCUCAGUCCUGAGUUCAGGAUAUUUAAGUUGCCCUUCUUUUCUAAUACAUUUUUUUAAUGUUUAUUUUUGAGAGAGAGAGAGAGAAAGCUUGUGUGGACGUGGGAGGGGCGGAGAGCGAGGGAGACAGAGGAUCCGAAGCCAGGUCUGAGCUGACAGCACAGAGCCUGAUGCGGGGCUCGAACUCACAAACCAUGAGAUCGUGACCCCAGCCUGAUGCUGGGGUCUGACGCUUAACUGACUGAGCCACCCAGGCGCCCCUGCCCUUUCUUUCAAAUAGCAGGGAGUUACUGAUGAACAAAAUGAGAUUUCUCAAAAAAAAAAAUUUUUUUUUUUGCCUUUCCAACUGGGAUUUAUUUAUUUUGAUUUGAGUGAGCACUGUUUUAUUGUCUUUGCCACUCAUUCCUCAUUUCCCUGACCCCUUCUCCCUCAUGCAUGAUUUUGCUAGAAGUUCGGCAGUUGGAGUCUUCAGUAACAGCUUGAUGAAAUAGUGGGUUUUCCACCAAAUACUUAUGAUGUUUAAUAAUGCAGAGUCCAUUGAAUAAUGAAUCAUCCUGUUCUCAAUUAUAUGUAUAUUCUUUUUAGUUAAGAAUAUCAUUUCCUGGGGGCACCUGGAUGGCUCAGUCCGUUAAGCAUCCGACUUCAGCUCAGGUCACGAUCUCACA